AUGGGCCAGUCAACCACCACGACGUCAGCCCCAGCCCAACGCCCGAAGGUCAACAAUUCCGGUGCACCUCCUUUUAUGGUUCUGAGCGAUGGCUCGCCCACAUCCAAGACCACACCAGUUGCGCCAAUCGACAGUACUGCCACGCCUGCAGAAAGAGCAAAACUCCGGUUUGCAGUGAGAGGCAACGCGAUUGUUACCGGUGGCGCGGGCGACAUUGGCUCCGUCUCCUGCCGGGCCUUGCUCGAACACGGCCUUCAAGGUCUAGCUAUCUUCGAUAUCCAUCCUCACGAGGGACAAAGAACCGUCGAAAAUCUCCAGGUCGAGUUUCCUAAAGCGACCAUCACUUUCACCCAAGUUAAUGUGACAGACGCAGAGUCCGUCGCCGAAGCUAUCGCCAAAGCGGAGGCAUUAUUCGGCACCAUCGACCUAGCCCUUUGCUUUGCCGGAAUUACCCAGGCUAUCCAUGCAUUGGACCUUAGUCCUCAGGAUUGGAGGAGAAUGUUCGAAGUUAACACCACGGGCGCUUUCUUGGUCGCCCAGAGCGUGGCUAGGUCCAUGGCGAAUAAGGGCAAUGGGGGUAGCAUCAUCCUCAUGUCGAGCAUCUCGGGCCACGUCGCAAAUUUUCCCCAGCCUCAAGUCCAUUACAAUGCCUCGAAGGCCGCCUUGAUCUCCGCGAAGAGCUCCCUAGCGGCGGAGUGGGCCAGAUACGGGAUUCGAGUCAAUAGCAUCAGCCCGGGCUACAUGGACACCAUCCUAAACGAAGGCGACGUCCUGGAAGAACAUAGACGCGCUUGGGUUACCCGGAUUCCCUAUGGUCGCAUGGGCCAGCCAGAAGAGUUGACAGGCGCAGUUGUUCUACUGGCGAGUCAGGCGGGAUACUAUAUUACUGGGGCCGACAUUCUCGUUGAUGGUGGCCUGACGAUAUUUUGA